AAUCCAAAAUGGCUAGAACUAAACAAACAGCAAGAAAGUCUACUGGUGGUAAAGCUCCAAGAAAGCAAUUAGCUUCUAAGGCUGCCAGAAAAUCUGCCCCAUCAACUGGUGGUGUUAAGAAACCUCACAGAUAUAAGCCAGGUACUGUUGCCUUAAGAGAAAUUAGAAGAUUUCAAAAAUCUACUGAAUUAUUAAUCAGAAAAUUACCAUUCCAAAGAUUAGUUAGAGAAAUUGCUCAAGAUUUCAAGACUGAUUUAAGAUUCCAAUCUUCUGCUAUUGGUGCUUUACAAGAAUCUGUUGAAGCUUACUUAGUCUCUUUAUUCGAAGAUACUAACUUAUGUGCUAUCCAUGCUAAGAGAGUUACCAUCCAAAAGAAGGAUAUCCAAUUAGCUAGAAGAUUAAGAGGUGAAAGAUCUUAAGUUAUUAUAAUCUAACUUAUGUCUUAUAUCUUGGUUUAAAUGUUUCAAUUCUUUUUUAGUUAUUUUGUAUAUUAGUUUAAUGUAUUAUUCAUAUUUAUAA